GACAAAGCUAUAGUAUGAUCUUUCUCGGUCCGAUCCACGAAAGUCCCUCGAACCCUCUCUUUAGUUUUGACGCUCUAACCACUAUAUAUCACCAUAUCACUCUUCUUCCCACUUCCACACAUACAAAAAUUAAACAUCAAGAGAGUUUACUUAUUCAAGACUCAAGAGUAAAGAGAUGGCAACUAAACAAGAAUCUUCAGCCAUCGAAUUCAUAAGCCAACACCUUCUCACAGACUUUGCUAAUUCCAUGGAAACCAAAGUUUCCUGUUUUACGUUUCACGAAUCUGAACCAUCUCUUUCUACCAAUCAAGCUCACAGCCUUCACUCCGAGACAACAAACCAAUCCCCUCGACCGAACACGACUCUUAACCGGCGUAAACCGCCUUUACAGAAUCUAUCCGUCCCGAGAACGGUCUCAACAAAGACGGAGAAAACAGAGGAGGAAGAGAGGCACUACAGGGGAGUGAGGCGAAGGCCGUGGGGUAAAUACGCUGCGGAGAUUAGAGAUCCGAACAAAAAGGGUUCUAGGAUUUGGCUUGGGACUUACGACACGUCCUUGGAAGCUGCAAGAGCUUAUGACCAAGCAGCGUUUAAGUUGCGUGGAAGAAAAGCUAUCUUGAAUUUUCCUCUCGAUGUUAGGGUUACGUCCGAAACUUGUUUUGAGGAAGGAGUCGUCGGAUUAGGGAAACGAAAGCGGAUCAAGAGCUCUCCGCCGGAAGAGGAGAAGGAGGCUAGGGUUAAAGUGGAGGAAGAAGAGAGUAGUACUAUUACGUCGUCGGACACGAUGGGGGCUGAGGUAGAGACGGUACCUCUGACGCCGUCAAGUUGGAUGGGGUUUUGGGAUGUGGGAGCAGGUGAUGGUAUCUUCAGUAUUCCUCCGUUAUCUCCGACGUCUCCCAACUUCUCCGUUAUCUCCGUCACUUGAAUUUGGGAAUUGUCAACGGAAGAUGACGUUUUCACUUGCGUCACUCUCAUGAUUCAUUUAUUAUUUGUAUAAUAUUUAUUAAGGGUAGCGUUAGUGUGCAACUAUCAAAUUAGUAUUACACCAAUCAUUUUAUUCAUUAAUUUUUUUAGAAGAAUAUUUGGAUGUUGAAAAUAUUGUAUGUUAUAUUUGUUGAUCAUAUAAAAAUUUCGUUAAGUAA